AUGGACUCGCCCGCCGUGACCCGGAUCUUCCAACAGCUGUUCGCGAGACCAUCACGGAAGUGCCUUCGCCUACAAUGCGCACACCAGCAAGCACGGCUGCGUCCAGCAUGCCAACCGGCUCACCAAAUGCGGGCAUACUCUCUCCGACGGAAAGAAGACGAGCCUGGAGGCGGUAGUACAUGGCAGCAGAGGAUCGACGCCUUCCCCAAGGACAUGUCGAAGCAGCUGAAGGAAUACCCCCGAGUUACCGCCCAUGACCUACGGCACAGGACGCAGCGUCCGCGUAGAGUGAAGAUGCUGACGAGGGAAUUCAUCGAUGACAGCCUGUAUAAUCCAAAUUACGGCUACUUCACAAAGCACGCUACAAUCUUCAAUGCAGGCCAGCCCUUUGACUUUCGCUCGAUCAAGGACGGCGCCGAAUUCAAUCGUCUGGUCGACCAAGGAUACAUCGACUUCGAAGAUGCCUUGGACGAGAUCGAACCCGACGAGACCCGCCAACUCUGGCAUACCCCCACCGAACUCUUCCGUCCCUACUACGGCGAAGCCAUUGCGCGGUACCUGGUGACAAACUACAAAAUGACCCUGUUCCCCUACCAUGACCUGAUCAUCUACGAGAUGGGCGCCGGGAACGGGACCCUCAUGCGCAAUAUCCUGGACUACAUCUACGAACACGAACCCGAGGUCUAUUCGCGCACGCAGUUCAAAAUCAUUGAGAUCUCCUCCUCGCUUGCAGACUUACAGCUCACCAGUCUCCGACGGUCACCAUACGCUGCAGAUCAUUUAGGCCACAUCCAGAUUUUGCACCGGUCCAUCUUCGACUGGACAGAGUACGUCCACUCGCCGUGCUUCUUCCUCGCGCUCGAAGUCAUAGACAACUUUGCGCACGACUCCCUACGCUAUGACCCCGAGACCGAAACCCCGCUCCAAGGCAGUGUCCUCAUCGACGCAGACGGCGAGUUCUUCGAGUUCUACGAUCGAAAUCUGGACCCUUUGGCGUCACGAUACCUUCGGGUUCGAGAAAUCGCGGCUCGGUCGCCCAUUAUCACGCCCAUCACACAAUAUCCUAGGUUCAUACGGCGGCUUCGGCAUGCCCUACCUUUUGCCCCGAAUCUCAGCGUCCCGGAGUAUAUCCCGACACGGUUGCUCCAGUUCUUCGACAUCCUCGCCGCCUAUUUCCCUGCCCAUCGCCUAGUGCUAUCCGACUUCAACUACCUGCCCCCGUCCGACACUGUGCCGGGCUUGAACGCCCCCGUGGUGCAGACCCGCUAUCAGCGACGCAAUGUCCAGGUGUCCACGCCGUUCGUGCAUCAGGGGUUCUUUGACAUUUUCUUCCCCACGGACUUUGCCAUCAUGGAGGAUGUCUACCGAGCGGUCACGGGCAAGUUGACGCGGGUGUGUAGGCAUAGGGACUUCCUAGAGAGCUGGGCGGAUUUACGCGAGACGGAGACGAGGAAUGGAGAGAAUCCCAUGUUGAGCUGGUAUGGCAAUGCUAGCGUCAUGACCACUGUGUAG